GUUUAUGUCACCUCCAUGAGGGGUUUCUUUUCAGUGUUGGCGCGACCGGCUUGAACCCUUUCCCAGGGCCAGAGGGCAAUCGAACAUCUAAAAUCAGACAUUUGACGUCCAUUUAGCUCUGCGAAGAUGGAUGUUGGAAAACUCGUUGAAGUGCUUAGAGCAACUUUAGACCCAAAUCAACGGGAACAAGCUGAAGAACAGCUCCAUGAGGUCCACAAGAUCAUUGGUUUUACACCCAUCCUGCUACAAGUGGUCAUGUCCGACCAGCUGGACAUGCCAGUCCGACAGGCAGGUGUGGUUUACCUGAAGAACACAGUCACCCAGUUCUGGCAGGACAGGGAAGUGGAAAAUCCAAGUGACCCUGUUCCCUUCAACAUCCAUGAGCAAGACCGACAGACAAUCCGCGAGAACAUGGUGGAAGCCAUCAUACAAGCCCCGGAACCUGUUCGUGUUCAACUUUGUGUCGCUCUCAGUCACAUCAUCAAGUACGACUACCCUGGUCGCUGGCCAACCCUGGUGGAAAAGAUUGCAUUGUACAUGCAUGCUGACAACCAUGGCGCCUGGAUGGGUGCCCUUAUGUCCCUCUACCAACUGGUCAAAGUCUUUGAGUACAAAAGGCCGGACGAACGCAAGGUUUUACAUGACUCGAUGCAGGUGAUGCUGCCUAUGGUGUACCAACGGUGUUUGGAUAUGCUCCCUGACCAAUCAGAACAUGCUGUACUGCUACAGAAACAAAUCUUGAAGAUUUAUUAUGCAUUCAUUCAGAAUUACCUGCCUCAGGAGGUGAUAUCUAAGGAGGUGUUCACACAGUGGAUGGAACUGAUCAGACAGAUAGUGGAUCGGCCUGUACCAGAGCAAACCAAUCAAAUCGAGGAGGAGGAGAGAGCAGAAUUGGCCUGGUGGAAGGUCAAGAAGUGGGCUGUUCACAUCCUCACUAGGAUAUUUGAGAGAUAUGGCAGUCCAGGAACAGUUAUCAAGGAGUACAACACUUUUUCGGAGUGGUAUCUCAAGGCUUUCUCAGGUGGGAUAGUACAGGUGUUACUCAAAGUUCUCGACCAGUACCGCCAGAAACUGUAUGUGGCACCGAGAGUCUUACAGCAAACCAUCAACUACCUGAACCAAGGGGUCAGCCAUGCAUUUUCCUGGAAGUUUAUCAAACCACACAUACAGAGUAUCAUCCAAGAGGUUAUCUUUCCGUUGAUGUGUCACAGUGAUGAGGAUGAAGAGUUGUGGAACACCGACCCUCAGGAAUACAUUCGUAUCAAAUAUGACGUUUUCGAGGACUUCCUUUCACCAGUCAUUGCUGCCCAGACCUUAUUUUAUUCGGCUGCGUCUAAAAGGAAGGAGGUCUUACAGAAGGCAAUGGGGUUCUGUAUGCAGGUGCUUACACAACCCUCCAUAGAGCCACGCCAGAAAGACGGGGCUCUCCACAUGAUAGGAGCUGUGGCAGAAAUAUUACUAAAGAGGAAGAUAUACAAAGACCAGGCAGAGAUGAUGCUCACAACACAUGUAUUCCCAGAGUUUACAAGUGAACACGGUUUCCUAAGAGCCAGGGGUUGCUGGGUGCUGAAACAUUUUUGUGAACUGAAAUUUCGAAAUGAUGCUAACCUUCUCCAAGCCCUUGAGCUGACACAGAAAUGUUUAUGUACGGACAAAGAACUGCCAGUACGCGUGGAAGCCGCCAUAGCCAUGCAGAUGCUAAUCACAGAACAAGAGAAGGCCAAACAAUAUGUACAACCACAUGUCAAGCCAGUGAUACUAGAACUCCUUAAGUUAAUACGAGAGACAGAAAGUGACGAACUGACAAGUGUGAUGCAGAGACUAGUGUGCACAUAUACUGAUGAUGUCAUUCCCAUCGCCGUGGAGAUGAUGACACAUCUUGCUCAGACGUUUGCCCAGGUUAUAGAUGCAGACAUUGAGGGGUCAGAAGAGAAGGCCAUUGCUGCUCUAGGUAUCCUUAAUACUAUGGAAACCAUUCUUACUGUGAUGGAGGACCAGAAAGAAAUUAUGACCCAACUGGAAGGAAUUGUUUUAACUGUGAUAGGUGUAAUUUUACAGAAAAAUAUUAUGGAUUUUUAUGAAGAGGUGCUCUCAUUGAUAUACAGUCUCACAAGCACACAGGUUUCUCACCACUUAUGGCAGGUCUUUAGAAUGUUGUACGAAAUGUUCCAAAAGGACGGCAUAGACUAUUUUACGGACAUGAUGCCGGCACUACACAACUACAUAACAGUGGACACCCCUGCCUUCCUGUCCAACCCAGAAAACUUACAGAUCAUAUACAACAUGUGCAAAGCUGUGAUGUCUGCUGAUAUAGGAGAGGACGCCGAGUGUCAUGCAGCUAAGCUCCUCGAGGUCAUUUUAUUGCAAUGUCCUGGACAAGUAGACCAGGUGCUACCCUUGUUCGUGGAAUUAGCGUUACAGCGGUUGACGCGGGAGGUGUUGACAUCAGAGUUACGGACAAUGUGUUUACAGGUUGUGAUAGCAGCUAUGUACUAUAAUCAGCCACUGCUACUGGACACACUUGGCAAAUUACAGAUACAAAAUAUCACUGGUUCUAUAAUGCAACAGUUCUUAAAACAAUGGCUUCACGAUGUCGACUGUUUCUUGGGAUUACAUGACAGGAAGAUCAGUGCACUGGGCUUGUGUGCACUCGUCAGCAUGGUGACCAAUCGCCCUAACGACGUCAGCCAGGUUGGAUCACAGAUCAUUCCAGCUCUUCUUGUUCUGUUUCAGGGUUUGAAACGGGCCUACGCAAGUAAAGCUCAAGAGGAAAAUGACGAUUCUGAUGAUGAAGAAGAUGAGGAAGAAGAGGAAGCAGAUGGCAGUGAGGAACUUGCUAGUGAUGAGGACGAGAUUGAUGAAGAAAGUGCUCAGUAUAUGGAAAAAUUAGAGGUUGCAGCUGCCAACAAGGAUGACGACAGUGAUGCAGAGUACACAGAUGAUGGAACAGAGGAGACGGCAUUAGAGAGUUAUCAAACACCUCUAGAUGAUGAAAAUUCCACAGUUGAUGAAUAUCUGGUGUUUAAAAAUAUACUUCAAACUAUACAAACAAGUGACCCAGAAUGGUACAAUGUGCUCACUGGACAGCUGACAGAGGCGCAGAGUAAAGAGGUGGAGGAUGUUUUCAAGCUCGCUGAACAACGCCGUGCUGCAGCAGAAUCCAAGAAAAUAGAGGAACGAGGAGGAUAUAUAUUUCAAAAUAUGGCAGUUCCACAGAACUUUGAAUUUGGCACAAAUUAACACUAGUGAUAACUUUGUGUAUAAGUGUCAUAAUAAACCCACAUGUAACAAGACAUGAAGAUGGCCAGAGGGUGCAACUGGCCACCUCCUUAGUGACCCCUCCCCCUCACAUGGUCCUCGCUCACAGCCGCAUCUCAGUCAGGCAGAUUCUUGGUGUAAAACGACUUGGAUUACAAAGUCUUAGAGCAAACACUACACGAUGCAGAUCACCUUUGUUUUGGUUCAAGAAGAGCUCUUCGGUGCACCAAAGAUAAUUUUUCACGAGGUGUGUAGGAAUGUUUGAUCGCUGUAGAGGCCGAUAUCAGACAUCGUGGAGAGCUAGAAGAAAUCUCAGACAUGCUUUGUCAAAUCACUUGUGAUAAUUAACGCGUUAAUUUAUGUGUGAAGCUACAUAUAGAAGUCACUGCAUUGGUGAUCUGAUGAGAGAUAGCCAAACAAAGACAUGGUAUGGCAGUGAAAAGUCAGUUCGGUCAUCAAGGCAACUCUUCGCAGUUCUGCUUGUUUUUUAGCCCUGCAAUACACCCCUAUUUUGACAAAGCAAAUGCAUGUGGUAAUGCAUGCCAGUGGUUUUUUUUUUCAUUUAGAAUAAUAUUUUAACAACUUGGCAUUGAUAUUCUAUCAAGACUACAUGAAUGAGUGGGUUUUGACUCUACCUACAGGAAAUUGGGCAAAUGGUAUUUUUCGAUAAUGGUGCAAAUUUUCAAUGUGAUUUAUGAUCAUGUAUACCUUGUCCAUGUUUUCCUCUUUGGAAAGCAAAGGAUUUUUCCAUAACCAACCACAAAAACCAUCAGACAGGUCCUAAGUAGAUCCUGGGUGUAUCACUGAAAACCAUAUAGGACUGAACCUAUUUAGAUGUCUAUUAACUUAAUAACAGACUCUUGUGUAGUUGUAAGAGAUAGCUGUCUUUCACACUCUUGCAUCAUAAACAAUACCAAAUAUUAACUGAGUGUCACCAACAUGUUUGGUAGUAUUCCAUACAGAUUUGAUGUCGGUGAUGAUGUCAUUCUGACUUGUCUAUAUAUACCAAGGUCCAUUCCCUCGUUAAAUGGUGUAUUUGUAUAGUAAAAAAAAUAAUAGAUUAUUAGCAUGUGCACAUAUUUAAUGAAAUCAUGUUUAUAUGUUUUCCAUGCUCACAAACUUACUAUUCAAUCAUGGGAUAAGGUUUAAGUUUUCUUAUUAAGUGUUGGUUCGUGUAGGGUUUGGAAUUAUACCCAGUAACUUCUUGCUUAUAUGCCAUCAUCAGAAAUUUUUGUGAGGAACGUCACUUUGUUAUUACUUCAGUAGAUGUGAGAUAUCCAAGAAAUGAAAUCCCUUUUUAUUUUCCUCAGAUUUUUUUCCCCCCUAAGUCAUUUAUUUCAAAUCUAUGUCCACAAAAAUUUCUGAUUCAGUGUAAAUUCACCACUACAUUGUAUAUACCGGAUUCCUUUUCAGGAGUUUUCCAUCUACAUUAAUAUAUCACCCUUACUGUUAAUAUGAAAGUAAUGUUAAAAAUAUGAUAAAUAUUAGGUUCAAGCAUAUAGCACAGGAAUAAUACAUUCUCAUGUGUGAAAUGUAUUGACUUUUUUUUUUAAAGACUCCUAGAAUAAUGGAUGUUUGAUGAAGCAAUAGUAUUUUCAAUGACAAUUAUAUGUUUACAGUAUGUUUGCUGAAUAGUUAAAGUAAUUAAAAAACUCUUUGUAUGAUAACAAACAAACAAACAGAGUAAAUUCAGUAGUAUUGCAUUUUAAAAUUCUUCAGAAGAGAAAAUCAAAUACAUAGAAAUUCUGUUUAGGUCAGAAAAUUUUAAGAAUUGUUGAAUAUAAUGGUAUUAGUUGGAUGGAAAAUUCCACGUUAGGGUGCUGGUACAGUGUAAUCUUGUAGAAGUUGUUGAUAUUAUACCUGCAUCUUUUUGCAAGGCUUCUUCAUUUCUGUCUUUUUGUAUUGUUCAUAUGUAUUUUUUCAUCACAUAUUGUAACCAGUGUCAUUUCACACACAUUUACAGAACAAACAUGCACAAUAUAUACAACAUGGAAUAUACAGGUAACUUACAGCUCUAUUACCUAGUUGCUCUUCAAUGUCAUGAUGAUCCUUGGAAGUACAUGUAUUUGAAAAUAACUUUUCAUUGAUUUUCAAUACCGUAAUAUAUCUUCCAUGUUCUUGUGUCUUCUUUGAUAUGAUAAAGUGCUAAGUGUGUAAUUCCAUUUUACCUGACUGUACUAGAAAUGCAGAAAAUUUUUACCUUAAAAUUAACCAAAAAUAAUGCGAGAUAUAGGAUUUGUAUGAUCUAUCGAUCAAAAGGUGUGCCAUAUGUAUCCGGACUUAUAGUACAUGAUAUUCAUAGGUUUCAUCAGAAGUCGGGAUUUAUGAUGUAGAUGGAAAUUUUGAGACAAUUGAAAUACACUUUUUACAUAAAUGAAAACACCAGGUUUACAUUCAAUUUUUACGGAGGUGAUUUUAUUAUCUUAAGAAAAUUUGAAAGUGGUAUUGCUGUGUGCAGUUCCAUUUAGCUUGAAAUUUUCAUUGUAAACUUUAUUUAUAUCAACUCAUAUCAAUCACGCUUGUUGGCCCAGAUGGAAGUGCGCGAUGGGUCUUACUGUGGGAGGAAACCAGGGCACCCAGGGAAAACCCACAUGGUCAGGCAGGUAACCCCAUACCUUUUCACGUGCGAUUAGGGAAUUGAACCCUGGCCGCCAAGGUGAAAGUCAAGUGUGUUACCACUGUGCCACCCGACCAACCAAAAUGUUCAUUGUUUAAUGGCUGAUUAUUGUAGCAUUUUCUUUUCGCAUUACACAUGAACAUCUUUCUUGCUAAUUAUAAAAAAACAUGUUUUAAUAGGUGCACUCGAUGAACUUGAAAUAAGUGAACUAGUUAGUAUAUUUACACUGGUAUGUUAUGUGGCCGGUACAUGUACCUUAAAGUUGUUAAAUUGAUUUCUUGUUGGUGUAAUUUUGUUUUGUUACUAGUUAUAAAUAAUGUGUUUCCGUUCUACAGAUGUUUCAGGGCAACGUGUUAUUGUAAACAUUCUCUUUGUGAUCAAAUGGGAUGGAUGGUGCCACAAACUUUUUUUUUUUUCAUGAGAUUAUGGCUUGGAAAGUUGUAUUCAAUGUACAACCUAAAGCAGCAGUUUCAGCAAAACGGGGGGGGAAAAUCAAUUUCAAAGUCACAGCAAUUGGAAAAUAUGUAAUAACCCUUUAUAGUGUUUCUAAAUGUUGAUUUUGGUAAAUACAGUCUCAUUUUGGAGGAUAUGUAUUGUAUGAUUUAGGUUCAGUAUAGAAGCCCAGUUAGCUGUUAGCUAGUAUAUGCCAGUUGCCCAAUUCCCUUAAAGAUCUGCCCAAGUAAAUAUUCUGAAGUGAAAGUACAUGAACCAGAAUGUAUUACAGGUUAUUUAUACAAGAACCCUGUUCAAAAUGUAUGAGAUGGAAUUUUUAACAGCUCAAAUGUAUAUUAAAAACAGAACAAAAUGAAAUUUAAUAAAUAUCACAAUUUAUUGAUUUGGCUCAUGUAUACUUGUACUAUUCAAUAUAUAAUGUAGAAUAGUGAAUACUCAAAAGUGUGGAAAGGCUAAGAUAUCUCGCAUAUUUAAAUUCAAGUUCUUAAAUACUAAUACAAAUUCCUUGUGACAGGUCUCAUCACAUCAAGUAUGGCACUAUUAUGUAAUAUUACAACAAAUAACAUAUAACAUAAAAAGUGGUUUGGCUUGUCCAGAGUCUUGGACCAAAUGCUUCCUGUACCAAAUCUAGAUUCUAUAGAAAUCACUUUACAUAUUCACUACAAAUUCAGAAAUCACUUUACCGAUUGAAACUUUGUACAAGUGCAUGAAUACAGACAAACUACAAUCAUCAAAAUCACAAACGGUAGUUUUCAUAACUUGAUUUUCCCCUGAUUUUCCCAAAGGAUUUGCAAUGCAUUUUAAUUACUAUUAAUUGUGUGAAUUAGUUUGGCUACGUGUGCAUAACUACAUAACAUGAUAACUAUUAUGUGUCACUGAUGUAGAUAACUUCCACAUCUAUUAUUUUUAGAUACAGAAAUUUGAAAAUGUACAUAUAUACACAAAAAUGAACAAUGAAACAAGUUCACAUUAUUUAUGUUACUGGCUUAAAGAUUGAAACGUGAACAUAUCUUUGUUCGUUUAAUAAAUGUAAAUGGGAUAGGUGCAAAAGCCUGAUAAAUAAUUGGAUUUAUUGGGAAAAGCCUAAUAGCAAAGUAAAUUUAUUGCAUGUCAAUUUGAUUUUGAAAUGGCGUUUAAAUGAAAACCUGCUGCAAAUUAUGAAUUGUUUGUAUUGAUGUUGGGUUACAGAGAUGUUGAUAACCUAAUGAUAAGCUUGUUCCAUUGUACAUUACAAUAAAACAUCCCUGUAAAAACAA